UCCCCCGCGUGACAAAAACAGCUCUGACUUUCAGAUGUCAGCUCUUCCUCUUAUCGCCUUUCAUUGCUCAUAUGCUCUCUGCCUGGAGCUCAUUCUGUUACCGGAUAUGUAGUCGACUGGCAGCCUUUUCGCCUCUGUUCUGUUGUUUUAAACUGAUUUCGCCGACUGUGGAAUAAUCGGCCAUGUUUUGAAAAUUUCUACAAUUUUAAUAAUCGAUUAAACGUGCGAGGUGAAGCGUUAUCGGUUAGUGGCAUGAGACGCAGCGGCUCAUUCCUCUGGUUUCACAAAGGAGCGGUGGUUUCCUCAGGAGCCAACAGGCUGUCUGAUCACAUCACCGAACACCCAUCGGCCACAACACCCGGCAGAAGCCUUUAAAUCCUCGGGGAAGGCGGGUGGGGGAAACCCGGCGAGGGCACCAGCACUCACCAUGGCGAACGACGACUGUAGUAUUGACUUGUACCCCUCCAUCCUAAAGUCAGAGGAACCACGGGAACAGAGCACCGACUUCAGCGGGCCGAAGGACAAGUUUUCCACAGUCGAGGAGCGCCUGGACUCUGCCUACGGCUCCUCGUCCAUCACCGUGGAGAGUCUGUCGGAGAUCGUGGAAGAUUUCUCUCUGUCCACCGCCAAUGAGAAGCAAGAACAGCCCUCUGAACUUUCUGAGCAGGAGAACUUGCUCACAACAAUUACAGAUGAUGGAGACACCAUUCUGCACCUAGCAAUCAUCCACGAAGACAUACUCAUCACUCAGGAGUUGAUACAGCUAUUCCCAAAAGAAGUCCUGGACAUCCAAAACAAUUUGUACCAGAGUCCGUUGCACUUGGCCACAUACCUGAACCUGGCAGAUGUGGUGAAGGAUUUGAUAGACAAAGGUGCCAGUCUGGGGUUGCAGGACCAGGAUGGGAACACGGCGCUGCAUGUGGCCUGCCAACACGGACAGACAGUGUGUGCCACGGAAAUGACUAGAGAUGUUUCUCCCAGCAAGCUAGCGCUGGUCUUUGAAACCCAGAACUGGAGAGGUCUUACCUGUCUGCACUUGGCUGCACUGAACAAACAACAUCAAAUUCUGGAGCUCCUGAUGAAAAAGGCAGCAAAUCUUAAUAUUCAGGAAGGAACCAGUGGCAAAACAGCUCUUCAUCUCGCCGUAGAGCUGCACGACAUUUCAGCAGUCAGGCUGCUGCUCAACAGGGGAGCCAACGUGGACGCCGCCAUGUUUAAUGGCUGCACACCCCUGCAUCUCGCAGUGGGGAGACAGGACGCCACCAUCGCCACCCUCCUCUGUCAGUCAGGAGCCGACACAAUGCUGAGAAAUAUGGAGGACGAGACGCCGCUGGACCUGGCUGACGGCAACGACGACAUUCUGGCUCUAUUUCCCUUCGAUGACAUCCAGAUCUCUGGAAGGUCGGUGGUUGGUGUAAAAUUUUGAGCUGAAUCGCAGGAUGACCCACAGUCUGGAAGCUGCAUUGAGCUAAAAUUUGUUUUGAAUUGUGCCUGUAUGUGUAGUUGACUCUAAUGUAGAGAAAGAUUCACAUCAUAUAGACCUAAGUUUGCUCCUGUAAACAGAGUGAUUCUGCUUCUUAAAGCUCAGAUUUAAAUGUAAUAAUAUGUGUUUGUGGAGCUGUACUUAGCUACGAAACCCAUCUCACUGCGAGUGAGAGCCAAACUUACUAUCAGUAUGUUCAGUUCCCCCCAAAAGGUCUACCUCUAACAUAUUGAAAUUGUCUCAGUUUCUCAAACUAUACUCACAUUCUAGAUGCCAUAGUUUUGUGAAUGAAUUCCUAUUUUAAAAACCCUAAAAGCAUGGCCUUUCCUUAUGUGUGGAGAUACUUUUUAUAAGAAUGUAAUCAGAGGUGGAAAAUAUUUUUUUUCUUUCCUGUUUAAGUUGGAAAAUGUAAUUCAAGCAAACUAAGUACAUAUGUUACACAACCCUGCUUUUGGUAGAAACUGAUAGCCAGUAUAGAAAUGUAUUAUGCAACAUAAAUGCAGCUUUUUUUUCUGUUGAUUUUUUCCCCUUUUUUUUUUGCUGCUUCAUGUUGUUGGAGAGUUUUUCUCUAUUUAUCUCAUCUGCAGAGAACUGUUCUUGUUCUUUUGUGUGCAAUUACACUGGCAUUUCUAGAUAGAAGAAGCAGUUUGUUUAUUUUUUAAUAAAAUGAAAUGAAAAAAAU